GCAGGAGCAAGUUGAUUUAUUUAUUAUUUUAAGAACUGCUAGAUAUUAUGAAACUAAACGAGGACCCAGAACCAAACCAGGACCGGGAGCAGCAGGCUUCCGAGUCCAGCACCGGGACAGAACCGGGCUCUCCCCCUCCUGGUGUCCAGAAAAACGGAGGUCAGAAGAUACCAAAGCGCCACCGCUGUCUACACUGCGGGAAAGUCUUCUGCUUCUUAGCAACGUUAUGGAACCAUGAGAGGAGUCACUCCAGAGCAAACAAGUACACCUGCAAGCGGUGUGGGGCAGCUUUUUCCACAGAGAGUAGCCUAAAAAGGCACGCUGAUGUCCACGGUGGAGAGAAACUGUACAUCUGCGAUCAGUGCGGAGCAGCAUUUAACCAAAAAGGCAACAUGACAAGACAUCAACGCAUUCACACCGGAGAAAAACCCUACCGCUGUGUCCAGUGCGCGGUAGCUUAUAAGCGAUCGGAUGAUUUGAAGAUACACCAGCGCACUCAUUCCAAAGAGAGACCGUUUAUUUGUGGUCAGUGUGGGGCAGCUUUUACCUCGUCUAAUGCCCUAAAGGUGCACCAUCGCGCUCACACGGGAGAGAAGCGCUUCGGCUGUCAACUGUGCGGGGCGAGAUUUGGUGAAUCGCGGUCUCUGAAACGCCACCAAAACACCCACGCCGGAGACAAACCGUAUAUGUGCAACCAAUGUGGGGCAGCUUUUAACCAGAAAGGCAACAUGGAGAGACAUCAACGUAUACACACCAGAGACAAAUGAUGGCAGCGUCAUCAGCUGGAGGGAACUUUACCUUAACUUUACCGCCAGUGCAGAGAUGCUGGACAGAUGUGACACUGGUGCCAAGAAUGUAGAAAAACAUUUAUAAAUCAUCAUGAAAUAUUGCAACAGAUUCAUACCAGAUAAAAACUGUUAAUUUGUCACCACAUUGGUGAGUAUUUAAUGAAAAGCUCCAUUGUAAAUUCAGCAGCAUAAAUAUUACAGCAUUGGAGUAAAGGUUCUGAUUUACUGACUGUUGAAAUGUUCUUAUCUUCCAUUAUCACACAACUUUUCUUUUGAGGAUAAAUGACAGAUUUGAAAACAUUGCUUGGGGCCUGUGAAUAUUAUGAGCUAUGUGAUUGGAUGAAAAAUCAGUUUAUGCCUUCUUUAUAGUUCUCUGAUAAUUAAAUGGUAUCCCACAAUAUCUCAAAGGAGAUUUGAUUUGACUCCAGCUGACAGAUAUCUUUUGUUCAGACAGGUAAAAGGAGGAUUACAGUAAUCCAGCUGUGAAGAGAUAAAAGAAUGAAUAAUUAUUUCCAUUUCUGCUUGGUUUUCCAAUGUUUCUUAGAUGGAAAAAGCUCAGCAAGUCGCUGCU